AUUCUUUUAUUUCAGGUUAUGGAAUUAAGAAGUAGGAAACAAAAGGGAAAAGACACGACCAACGGUAACAAGAAUGCUGGUUAUUCUGGUUCAUCGGGUGAAGCUGGCUUAUCUACUGGAGCCAGCUUACCGUUCAAGAUAUUUCAUGAAUAUUUAGGACCUCUUUUCUUCUGUUCUGUUUGCCCCUGGACAACGCAAUUUAUAUGGUACACUGCUGCUAAAGCUGAUGGAAGUUUUCUUGAGGCUUUUAGACAACUGACAAGAGUUGAAGGAUUUGGGGAUGCUAUUCGUACCUUCUUUCCAUUUCCAAGUCUAUUAAGUGUAGCUGUUGUCUUUGGAUACUUGUUUUUCGCUUUGAUACUACAUAUUAUCGUACCUGGAAAAAGAUUUGAAGGGCCCGUUAGCCCCAAAGGACACGUGCCGGUCUAUAAGGACAAUGGUUUGAGGUGUUACUUCAUCACCUUGCUUAGUCUUUUGGCUUUGACGCUUGUCCUAAAGAAAUUUGAUAUGACCCCAUCGAUUGUUUAUGAUAGAUGGGGAGAAGUUUUGUGUGUUUUGAACUUCUUUGCGUAUUCAUUCUGCGCGCUUUUAUUCUUUAAAGGCAUAUUAGCGCCGUCGUCCAUUGAACACGGUCGAACAAGUUCUUUUAUGCUUGAUUUUUUUUGGGGAACUGAGUUAUAUCCUAGAAUCAAAGGUGUUGAUGUAAAAGUGUUCACCAACUGCAGAUUCGGCAUGAACGUCUGGGCCCUCGCGGUUAUGCUGUGUACAAUUAAAUCAUACGAAGUACAAGGCCAAUUUGUUCUCUCUUCGACUGUAUCGGCAAUUAUCCAUUUGGCAUACUUGACAAAGUUCUUUUGGUGGGAAGCUGGAUACAUGAGGACCAUUGAUAUUAUGCUUGAUAGAGCCGGCUUCUAUAUUUGCUGGGGUUGUCUUGUUUGGGUACCCGGAUUUUAUACUAUUCCUAGUUUAUAUUUGGCAAAGAACGCUCCCCAAAUGGAACUAGCUAAAGGCCUAUUAAUACUCGCUGUUGGUUUAGCCGCAAUUGCCCUCAACUACGACGCCGAUAGGCAGAAGCAACAUGUUAGAAAGGAGAAUGGCGAUUGUCAAGUUUGGGGUUCCAAAGCUCAGGUAAUUAGAGCGUCCUAUAAACUUGAAUCAGGAGAAACUAGAGAAAACUUGCUUUUGGUUAGUGGAUGGUGGGGAAUAGCGAGACAUUUUCAUUAUGUUCCCGAGUUAAUGUUGGCUUUGGCUUGGUCUUUGCCCGGAGGUAGUCGCCACAUAAUGCCCUAUGUCUAUUUCCUUUGGUUGAUCCUGCUAUUGACCCAUCGUACCUUCAGAGAUGAUGCUAAAUGUAUGAAAAAAUAUGGAGACGCCUGGGCUAAAUACAAGAAAGCCGUUCCAUAUAAGAUGUUACCAUACAUCUUCUAGAUUUAGGAGUUUUAUAAUCGGAGAUUAUUCCCUGGAGUAUUGAAUUAUAUGAUAUUCACGUCAGCUUUGUUUUUUGUUCCUCUCCGUAAAACUAUAGAAAAAUUAUUUGUAUUGAUAUAAUUAUGCUCGUACUUAUUUGAAAUAUAAAAAAAAAUUGUUUCAGUGUUGUCUAGACAAAUCUUGCAUUUUGUUUGUUUGUAACGUUUGUUUAAAACAAACCUUAGCACCUUUUUGCAUGUCAACUGAUUAAAGAAUAUGAUCGAAAGUGAGCUUAUAAAUUUACUAGAGUAAAAAUUGUAUUUAUACAGUUCUUACCUUGUCCUCUCUCUCUCUCUUUAUUUUUUUUCUGUUUCCUUUUCUCUCUCUAUCUCUCACUCUGAUGUUUAUCUAUUCCUCUUACUCUACUCAUUCACAAUCUCAACGGUACUCAUUCUUUGCUUUCAAAUUCUCUUUCUUGCUUUAUGAUCUAGGUAAUGCAUACUGACAAUUCCGUUCUUUGGCUCCAUGUAAAAAUUGAAGUUAGCAAGAGAAUACUCGUCACGAAUACCUGAAUAAAAGUUUUAAACGAAAAAAGAUAUAAGAAUAAAAAGGGAGUUGGGAAUAAGGACGAAUCAGUGGGAAUAUUAACCCUUUUAAUUUCAUUAGACUAUAUUUUAUUAAACAGUUUGGUCAGAAUUCGUUUUCGCAGUUUCACCAGGUUUCUAUCUUUUCCAUUCUUUUAUAUAUCAAGUCACUAACUGAUGAAAGCGUAUGGCUUGUGUUAAAAGAUGCAAAGUUGUAACUCGAGUAUUAUUAUAUACAACAAAUUAUCUUUUCGCUUCUCUCUCUAUCCUAUGCCUCGAUUUGUUAAAUUGAAUAUUAGUCACUUUUUAUAGAGUGUAACUCUUAAUCUUAACAAUUUAUUUUUCAUAUUAUUCCUCUUAUUUCUCCCUCUUCUAAGCUCUAUAUCCGGUAUGUAACUUUUAUAGAUUAUAGUUGUUUUCUUCUUGUAUUCGAUGAAGGAAGAUCGGAAGAAGUAAGAUUAGAAAAACUCUUGCAUCUUUUUUCUUAAACGACUGUAGAUAACCUUGUUAUUUGCUUCAGUUUUGUAUGCAUGUGCGUGGCGAAAGUGUAAAGAGUAUUUGUUGUACGACUCAAAAGAUAAUGUUUACAUUUGUUUCUUUUUUUUUUCUAUAUAUAUUAUAUUUCAUUCUUUAAAGAGAUGCUCUUUUCUUGUCA